UUGCGGGCGGACCUGGCUGAGGCUAUUACCACCUUUGACGACGACCCUGACGCCCGGGUCGCCAUCGUAACCGGCACGGGGCGCGCUUUUUGCGCCGGCCGGGACCUCAAAGAGCGGGCCAACGACAAUUCAGACGGCCGCCAGGCCCGGGCCGCCGACAGCAUGUACCCAGACCGGCCCUACAUGUGGCCCCAGACCUGGAAGCCAAUCAUCGCCGCCAUCAACGGUUUUGCCCUGGCCGGGGGCUGGUCCAUCGCCCAGAUGUGCGACCUGCGCAUUGCGGCCGAGGAUGCGAAGCUGGGAAUCACAGAGACCAAGUGGAGCCUGCUACCACCCUUCGGAACCAUAUUGCCCAAGCAGAUCGGCCUGGCCGCUACCCUGGAGCUGUGCCUUACCGCCCAGCCCAUCACGGCCCAACGCGCAUACGACAUCGGCUUCGUCAACAAGGUGGUGCCCGGCGAUCAGCUGAUGGAAGAAGCGAUGACCAUGGCGGCACAGAUCGCGGAGAAUGCGCCCCUGGCAGUGCAGUACUUCAAGGAGUUGGCCUACCGGGGCCUGAACAUGUCCACCCAGGACGUCUCGUCCCUGACUUACCACAUGUACGACCGGCUGCUGACCACCGAGGACUCCAAAGAGGGGCCGCGGGCCUUCGCCGAAAAGCGCAAGCCCAACUGGCAGGGGCGGUAG